GGCCUGAAAGCGAGAGGAAAUGUCGAAGACUGGCUUGGCAAGGUGGAAGAAGCGAUGUUUAUCAACCUACGCCGUCUCAUGAAAACGGCAAUUCAAGAGUUCGAAACAGUCAAUCGAGAGAUAUGGAUUCGAUCGCACGCAAGUCAGAUUGUACUAACGGUUGAGCAGAUGUUCUGGGCCCGCGAUAUCACACAGAUUCUUGGGGCGGAGCAAAGCAACAACAGGCUCAAGGGCUUGAGUAAAUAUGAACAAAAGUGUUUUGAGGAUCUCAACCGACUUGCAGUAAUGGUGCGUGGAGAUCUGCCAAAGCUGGUUCGCACACUCCUUUGCGCUCUCAUUACGAUUGAUGUUCAUUCGCGCGAUAUGGUCACUGACAUGGUGAAGGCAAAUGUCGACACGGUGAACAACUUCGAGUGGCAGCGUCAGUUACGGUAUUACUGGGACCUGGACAUUGACAAUUGCAUCGUCCGCAUGUCGAGUUCGCACUACGUAUACGGUUAUGAGUACCUGGGCGCCUCGCCGAGGCUCGUCAUCACUCCACUUACAGAUAGGUGUGAAGGAGUCAUCCCGAUUUUUAUAUAG